UUUCUCGUGACAUCCUUAGUAUCAUUAUGACUAGAAAAAUUAUGACGUUUAUGGCUCUUGGAAUUUCGUCUAUCUUACUCGUCAGCAUUGGUUAUAUUAGUAAUGACGUAACGCUCUCUGUCAUUGUAAUGACCAUCGCAUUUGGGGUGUAUGGAUUCAUCGAUUCUGGAGCUUCAGCAAAUCCGAUGGACAUUGCACCGAUUCAUUCCGGAUUAAUAAUCGGACUUAUGUUUUCAAUUUCAAGUGUUUCUGGUUUUAUCAGUCCAACUGUGUUGGGAGCCUUGACCAACAAGAAUGAAACAAUAUACCAAUGGAGAAAUGCAUUUUGGAUUGUAUCGGGAGUGCAAACAAUUGGACUGUUAGCGUUUUUGAUUUUUGGAAGUGGCGAAAUACAAGAUUGGUCCAAAGCCGACGGUAAACCGGACAAAGAUUUGCCCCUUUUGCUGAGGAAGCAAGAAUCGCAAGAAAGGAAUGAUGGCUCAAUACACUAAAUAUACAGUAAUUGCCUAUCUAUAUGUCAACAUUUUACGGAUUUUUACCAAUGCAGAAAGUCUAACUGUUAAUUUGGAAUUAGGCCUACCAAAACACAAUAGCUACCAUAUAUAAGACAACUAUAUCUUAACAAAUUGACUGUUUAAUGAGAGAUAUCUUAAUACAUCCCUUGGCCUAAUCCAUUUUUUACAAGAGCGUUCAGUGGUUGCAAUCCUAUAGUAGGCCAACAUUAUCCCUUUGUAAAGGCUCAGUCAAACUUGGCCUGCGACUAUUACGACCCAACCGAAAAAUAUUGAAAUCGAGGGAAAAUCAUCAAAAGAACAUGCAACAAGUCAUAGACGUCGUGGGCCAUUGCCAGAGCAAAUUCAGUAGUUGCAGCAAAUGGAUGGUCAUACUUACAGCUCUGCCCUCAAAUUCCAAAUUUUAAGCGAUCGCGGGUAGGCCUACGUUUUUGCAUGGUCGCACGUCGCGGGUCAUGCGGUCGCACGAUUGGUCAAGCAAAUGUUGUACCACCUCACGAUUGGUAGAGACACCAGUUGCACGACCGACUGGUUGCACGACCAGUAGUCCUACACUUUCUGUUUUUUUUAUAACAGCCAGUAAAAUUUUGCCCAAUUUUUUUUGCCGAUUUUACGCUCAAAAUGUUCUUAUUUUGUUCUUAUUUUUAUACACUUUUCAAACAUACACAAAUAUUAUUUUACAGCAGUAUAUUGUUAUACUAUAUUAUAGAGGGUAUUACAUAGUCACAGCUACUGUAAAUAAGGUACCAAAGAUUUGUUGGUUUCUUCUAUUUAAAAUAAAAAUGUCACUUGACAAUUUA